CCCCCCCCCCUUGCCCCUCCGGCAAGUGCUCCGCCAGCCUCCUCUCGCCCCGCCAUCCCUCCCCAUGCGCCCGGGGCAGCGGGCAGCUCCGCGGCGCGCACCCGGGAGCUGAGCUGCGGGAGCGGCGCGUCCCCUCCCCGGGCAGGAUGUACACGGCCGGGCUGGCUCCUUUCUACGCCUCCAACUUCAGCUUGUGGUCAGCGGCGUAUUGCUCGGCAUCGGGGCCGGCAGCCGGCGGCUGCUUCCCGCUGGACGCCGCGGCGGCGAAGAAGCCGUCCUUCUGCAUCGCCGACAUCCUCCACGCCGGCGGCGAGGCGGCGGGAGGACCCGCCGACAGCUUGCCCGGAGGUCCCGGCACCGGCAUGCCGGCGGCGCUGGGAGCCGUCCACCACGGCGGUCCCUUCCACGCCACCGCCUCGCCGCUCCGGCCCACGCCCGUCGUGGCCCCCGACGCCCCCGCCGCCGCCGCCUUCCCGCCGCGCCUCUCGCCGCUCUCCGCCGCCUACCACUCCCACCACCACCGCCCCCCGCAGCACCGGUCCCCCGCGGCGGCGGCGGCAGCGGCGGGCGGCGGAGGCGGCCCGGCCCCCGCCCGGCUGCCGGGCGGCCACACGCACGGCUCGGCGCCGGCGCCCGCCAGCAAGGACCUGAAAUUCGGCAUCGACCGCAUUUUAUCGGCGGAGUUUGACCCCAAAGUCAAGGAAGGCAACACGCUGAGAGAUCUGACCUCCUUAUUAACUACCAGCCGCCAAACUGGGGUUCAUCUCCCCAACUUGCAGCCUUCCGCCGGCCAGUUCUUCGCGUCUCUAGACCCCAUUAACGAGGCCUCUGCUAUUCUGGGUCCCUUAAACACAAACCCAAGGAGCUCAGUUCAGCACCAGUUUCAAGACACUUUUCCAGGUCCGUACGCGGUUUUAACCAAGGACACGCUGCCCCAGACGUACAAGAGGAAACGCUCCUGGUCCAGAGCUGUUUUUUCCAACCUACAGAGGAAAGGUUUAGAAAAACGGUUCGAAAUCCAGAAAUAUGUCACCAAACCGGACAGAAAGCAACUGGCGGCGAUGCUGGGGCUGACAGAUGCUCAAGUGAAGGUGUGGUUCCAGAACCGGCGGAUGAAGUGGCGGCACUCCAAAGAAGCGCAGGCCCAGAAGGACAAGGAGCCGCCGCCGGAGCCGGAGCCGGAGCCGGCGGCCCAGCGAGCCGGCGCACCGCCCGCCGCCGCCGGGGAGCCCGAGCGCAGCCCCAGCCGCUCCGAGGGCGACAGCGACAGCAGCGACGCCGACUCCCUCGACAUGGCCCCCAGCGACACGGAACGGACUGAGGGAGCCGAGCGGAACCUGCCCGUCGCCGGGCUCGGCAAGUCCUCCGGCAGCACCGGCCUCCCCUCCCCGCCGCCGCCCGCCGCCGCCGCCGCCGCCGCCAGCCCCGAGCCGCGGAGCGGCCUAUAGACGGGGCAGCCCCGCGGCACCCGCGCCCGGGACCUGCGCGCUAAUUUAUCUCCUUUCCUCCGCCCCGGGAGCGCGGCAAGGCCGGCACGGCACCGAUCCGCUCCCGCCCGCGGCCAGCGCCCGACCUGGCCCGGGGCGAGGGGCCGAGG